AUGGCCGGAAGAAACGCUGGGAGGAAUGAUGAGGCUCUUGCUGCAGUUAUGCAGGCAAUGGCUCAGGCGUUCCAGAACCCACCCAAUGCUGACGAGAACGUGGGGUCUCGUAGUCUGGCGACGUUUCAGAGGGAGAACCCGCCUACUUUUCUGGGUAGGUAUGAUCCUGAAGGAGCCUUGGCUUGGUUGAAGGAGAUCGAAAGAAUCUUCAGAGUGAUGGAUUGCACUCUUGUGCAAAAGAUCCGUUAUGGAACUCAUAAGCUGUCAGGUGAAACCGAUGAUUGGUGGGUGGACACUCGUCUAAGGUUGGAAACUGUGGGCGAGGAGAUUACUUGGGAAGGGUUUCGUAGAGAAUUUCUGAGGAAGUAUUAUCCAGAAGAUGUGCGAGGAAAGAAAGAGAUUGAAUUCCUCGAGUUGAAGCAAGGGAACUUGUCAGUCACGGAGUAUGCUGCUAAGUUCACUGAAUUGGCUAAGUUCUAUCCUCACUAUGAUGGAGCCAAUGCCGAAUUCUCUAAGUGCAUCAAGUUUGAAAAUGGAUUGCGUCCGGAAAUUAAGAAAGUUGUGGGAUAUCAAAAGAUUCGCGUCUUUGCGGAUCUGAUUGAUAGUUGUAGAAUCUUUGAAGAGGACAAUAAUGCACACUAUAAGAUCUUGUCUGAGAAGAGAAGAAGGGGUCAACACAUCCGUGGUAAGCCAUAUGAAACUCCAGUUGGAAGAGGGAAACAGAAAGUGAUUCUGGGUCGAAGAACAAGUGGGGGAGAUGCUCCUGCUAAUGUUAUCUGUUUCAAGUGUGGAAAGUCGGGUCACAAGAGUAAUGUGUGUAGGCUUGGUGAAACGAGAUGUUUCCGUUGUGGUAUGCCAGGACAUGCGGCUCGUGAUUGUAAGCAGAAGGAUGUUGUUUGCUUUAACUGUGGGGAAGGAGGACAUAUCAGUGCUAAAUGUCAGAAGCCAAAGAGGAGACAAGAGAGUGGUAAAGUGUUUGCUUUGUCGGGAACUCAUACUACAAAUGAAGAUGGACUUAUUCGAGGUACUUGUUUCAUUAAUAGCAUUCCUUUAAUUACUAUUAUUGAUACCGGUGCCACACAUUAUUUUGUUGCUGCGGAUUGUGUUGAAAGAUUGGGUCUUUCUUUGUCUUCCUUGGGUAGAGAUAUGAUUGUUGAGGAUCCCUCUAAGGGAACGGUAUCUACGUCUCUUGCGUGUAAGAGUUGCCCCUUGUCAAUAUUUGGUAAAGAUUUUGUAGUUGAUCUUGUUUGUUUGCCGCUUGUCGGGUUGGAUGUAGUAUUGGGUAUGGACUGGUUGAAAUCCAACUAUGUUCAUAUUAAUUGCUACAACAACACUGUGAGGUUUUCUUCUGCCGAAGAAGAGGGAAGAACAAAAUUGUUAUCCAAGAAACAAUUGAAGGAGUUCAUAGAAGAAGACGCGUUGGUGUUCUUGUUGAUGGCAAGCUUGUCUGUGGAGAGUCGGGCUGUAACUGUGGACUUGCCGGUGGUGUGCAAUUUCCCUGAAGUUUUUCCCAAUGAGAUUCCUAGUGCACCGCCAGAAAGAGAAGUUGAGUUCACUAUUGACCUUGUACCUGGUACUAGACCCAUCUCUAUGGCGCCGUAUAGGAUGUCAACAUCAGAGUUGGCUGAACUGAAGAGUCAGCUAGAGGAUUUGCUUGAAAGGAAGUUUGUGAGACCUAGUGUAUCACUUUGGGGAGCUCCAGUUUUGCUGGUGAAAAAAAAAGACGGAAGCAUGCGACUUUGUAUUGAUUAUAGACAAUUGAAUAAGGUGAAAGAUGAGGACAUUCAGAAAACUGCUUUCAGGACUCGUUAUGGACACUACGAGUACACGGUGAUGCCUUUCGGCGUUACUAAUGCGCCGGGAGUAUUCAUGGAGUACAUGAAUCAUAUUUCCCAUCCUUAUUUGGAUCAAUUUGUGAUGGUGUUCAUAGACGACAUUUUGAUUUAUUCUAAGUCGGAGGAAGAGCAUGUGGAACAUUUGCGUAUUGUCUUGCAAGUGUUGAAAGAGAAGAGAUUGUAUGCUAAGUUGUCUAAGUGUGAGUUUUGGUUGAGAGAAGUUAGCUUUCUUGGUCAUGUUGUUUCCGGUGACGGAAUUGCGGUUGAUCCAUCGAAGAUUGAUGCGGUGUUGCAAUGGGAAGCUCCUACGUCAGGUGCUGCUUUUGUGUGGGAUGUCCGAUGCGAAGAAAGUUUCCUUGAGUUGAAGAAAAGGUUGACAACGGCUCCGAUUUUGAUUUUGCCAAAUCCCGAGGAACCGUUUGUGGUUUAUUGGGAUGCUUCGAAGAUGGGAUUAGGAGGUGUGCUUAUGCAGAAUGGUAAGGUGGUUGCUUAUGCUUCUAGACAAUUAAGGAUUCAUGAGAAGAACUACCCUACGCAUGAUUUGGAGCUUGCGGCGGUUGUGUUUGUUUUGAAAAUUUGGAGACAUUACCUUUAUGGAUCUAGAUUUGAAGUCUUUAGUGACCAUAAAAGCUUGAACAUUAGAGAGGCUCAGAAGCUGGAUAUGAAACUUGUUGAUGUGAUCAUUGGACUCGGACGAUCUGAGAAUGAGGAUUUCAAAUUGGAUGCACAAGGUGUGUUGAGGUUUCGUGAUAGGAUUUGUGUUCCCGAUGAUGUGGAUUUAAAAAGGAUGAUCUUGGAAGAAAGCCAUAGGAGUAAUUUGAGUAUUCAUCCCGGAGCGACUAAGAUGUACCAAGAUUUGAAAAGAUUAUUUUGGUGGUCGGGAAUGAAGCGUGAAGUAGCUCAGUUCGUGUAUGCGUGCUUGACUUGCCAGAAAUCAAAGGUGGAGCAUCAGAAACCUGCGGGGUUGAUGCAACCGCUUACAAAGUCGGCUCACUUUAUUCCUAUUAACAUAAGUUAUCCGGUGUCGAAGUUGGCGGAGAUUUAUACCAAUGUUAUUGUGAGGCUGCACGGUGUUCCUCUUUGUAUUGUUUCGGAUAGAGAUCCGAGGUUCACUUUAUAA